AUGGCUUUUGUAUUCCCAAAAAUUUUAAAAAUUUCUGCUUUAGCAUUACUUACUUACUUGUAUUUAUUCUCAGACUUUGUUGUAUCAGCACCUGUUGAUAAUUCAAAACCAAAGAAACAAAACAUCAUUUUCUUUGUUGGUGAUGGUUUAGGUCAAUCUGGUGUUACUUUAGCCAGAACUUAUAGACAAAUUAGAGAUGAAUUAUCAUCGAAUGAUUUAUUAGAAAUGGAUAAAUAUCUUAUUGGUACUCAAAGAACUUCAUCAAAUUCAUCAUUAAUUACCGAUUCUGCUGCUGCUGGUACUGCAUUAGCCACAGGUUUCAAAACAAUCAAUGGUAGAAUUUCAGUUGAUCCUGAAGGUAAUCCCGUAGGUGCUAUUGGCGAAGCUUUGAAAUUACAAGGUUAUAAAAUUGGUCUUGUUGUCACAACUUCAGUUUGUGAUGCCACCCCUUCAGUUUGGCUUUCACAUGCUCUUAACAGAGGUUCACAAGAUUUAAUUGCUGAACAAAUGGUAGGUGAAAUUCAUCCAUUAGGAAGAAUUGCUGAUAUUGUUUUAGGUGGUGGUAAAGGUUGGUUUUAUGGUAUUGAUGAUGGUGGUUUUAGAGAAGAUAACAGAUCAAUUAUUGAUGAAAUGAAUGCUAAUGGUACUUGGACUUUUAUUGAUACAAGAGAAGAAUUUGAUAACUUAGAUGAAGGUCGUAAUGUUCAAUUACCAUUAAUUGGUUUAUUUGCUGAUGAUGAUUAUCCUUAUAGAAUCGAUAGAGAUGAUUCUGUUCAUCCUAACUUAGUUGAACAAACGAAAGUUGCUUUACAAGCAUUAUCAAAUGCAACUGAAGAUGAAGAUCAAGGUUUUUUCAUUAUGAUUGAAUCUUCAAGAAUUGAUCACGCAGGUCAUGCUAAUGAUUCACCAGCUCAUGUUUUGGAAACUUUAGAAUAUGAUGAAGCUAUUAAAUAUGUUUAUGAUUGGGUUCAAAAUACUACAACUGAUACUAUUGUUAUUGCAACAGCUGAUCAUGAAACUGGGGGUUUGAACUUAAAAGCAAAUGGUGCUGCUGAAUUCGAAUAUAUUUUAAAUGCAACUCAAUCAGCUGAAUAUUUAGUUUCAGAAUUGAAAAAUUUUGAAAAUUCAGAUAAUACUGAUGAAUUAUAUGAAUUCGUUAGAAGUGAAAUUUUUGAAAAUGGUUUAGGUUUAACUAACUAUACGGAUGAAGAAGUUUCAAGAAUUGCUGAGAUUGCAGGUAGAAAUACAUCUUAUUCAUCUACUGAUGGUGUUAUCCUUUCAAACAUUACUUCUUCAAGAGCAGGAACUGAUUGGGGAUCAGUUCAACAUACUUUUGUUGAUGUUGGUUUAUAUGCAUUUUCAAAUGCUGAACAUUUAAGACAAGCAGCUAUGAAUGUUAGAACUGGUUUAGCAGGUUACCAUGAAAAUACUGAUUUCAGUGUUUUUAUCAAAUCUAUUACUGACAUCAAUUUGGAUGAUGUUACUGAAGAGAUUGCAGACAUUGCUCUCGCAUACUAA